AUGAACCAAGUCACUCAAUUUAGUGGUGAUUCUGCAAACCUGGUGCUUUAUUGGAUUUUGAGACAGUAUCAUGGAAGGUUUGAUAAAAUUAUUUGGAUAGAUACUCUUGGAAUCUUCAAUCCAACUGCUUUACCAUUAACUUCGUUAGAAAAAACAGCAAUCAUUCGAGCCUUCGACGCUGAAGGUUUACGAGACGCAAUUCAUGAAUUGGAAAGUGAUCUUAUGAAAAAUGGAGAUUUUUCUUAUGCACUAUUUAUAGAUUCUUUCUCCAACCCUCUUGGACUCCUCAUGGCAAAAGCAAACAUUUCUUACGCCCAUGCAUCUAUGAUGUCUCUAGGAAGGCAACUUCGCAUGCUAACUAGAAAGUUUAAAAUUGCAGUUUAUUUAUCUACUUCUCUUGUUUAUGUGAAGCAACUUCGUAUUAACAAGCCUGCCUUGGGUAGCAGCUGGCCGUUCUGUCUGGAUCAUUCAUUUAUUUUACAGGAAGAUUUGAAGCAUAAUAAGGGUCAUCUAAUCUGUAACCAAAGCCGAACAAGUCUUUUGGGAACUACUCAAUUACUUUUAUGGGUCAGAGGGUCUUUUGUUCAUGAGUCAUUGACCAUUAACUUUUAUCGAUGCAUUCCUUACCUUCAAGUAUAA